CUUCCUGGAUUUUUUUAAUCUUUUACGUGCAGUCUCCAGUCUCUUCGUGUUUUGCACCUCAUUGGGAUGCCUACAGCAUAACUCAUAACAUCUGUUGCCAUGCCUUGUGUACGAUUUGGGUUCUUUUUGGUUUUCCUAGCUGUUCCUUGUCUAGGAAAGACUAUAGUUCGUCGUGAAAUUGCAUCAGAACCAGAAAAAGAUCCAUCAGCUUUGGAAACAGUAGGGAGACGAAAAUUUUCAACAUUUGGGCAGCCUGGUUUACCGAGGAAUUUUCCGAUUGCUUCGAUUGAAAAUGACUUAGAACGUACGCCUGCCCCCGAAGAUGACAUCAAAGAGCCAUCUAAUGACGAUGACGAAAGAGAUGACGUCACCGAAGGACGAAGAAUACCAGAUGAAGGAUUUUUCGCAAGAAGACAAUUUCAGAAAGAAGAUGAAAGAGAAGGCGACUUCAUUGAAUCAGACGUUGAAACGGAUGCUAUUAGCGAAAUUGAUAAUGAAAUCGGUAAAGGGGAGGAUGAAGAACGAGGCAAAAUUCCAGGGGAAAUAUCUCUCGAGAUCUCUGAAGAGAGUGGAAUAAACGAUACAACUGGUGAUGAUCCGUCAAAAGGAGAAGACGAUCAUGAAGACGAGGGAGGCGACCGGGAUCCGGAAGAUGAAGAAAAGGAUGAAGGACCCGAUACUGUUCCUGGUACUGACAGCGCCAAAGACAAUGCUGAUUUGAUUUUAAAUCAACCUUUCUUCGUUUUCAGACGAUUGUUCAAGUAUUUCACGAUGUUUGAAAAAGUCUUUGAAAGAUUCUUCCACCAAACAAUGGAUGAGCUUCCUCAACUGAAUGGCACGUACGCAAACACGACGGAGGAAGAUGUGGACAUUGAUGGCCACUUGUUCCAUGCCAUAACCACGCUCAUUAAAGACCGGGCUAAAAAUGAGACACUCUACAUUGAGACCCUUUCUUCACUACCGAAUUCAAACGUGUCUGAAGUUUUGAAAGAAGAAAAUUAGUAAAAGGUGUUUUUACAUGCAACUUGAAAGACUUUUUCCAAAGAUGUGAAAUGUGUUCGAUUACUCAGUUAGUUUGAUUGUUUAUUUUUUUAAUGUUACUUUAGAAAUUUAAUGACAACAUGUGUUAUGUAUUCCUUUUGAUGUUUUUCUCAAUUAUUUUGUAAUAAAAAUAUUUUUCCUA